AUGUCUGACGGUGACGAGACGCUGGAAGAAAAACUACACAAGUUCCGCAUGUGGAAGGAAGCCGCUUCGGAGGACAGUCCUUCAUUUAGUCAAAGUUUCGCGACUCAUACCGACGAUGCUAAUCGCCAGGAAGCCCGACCCAGCAGCUCUCAAGGGCGUCCGCCAGCUCAUCUGAAGGGCCGCGAGAUUGGCAUGUACUAUCGUAAUAUGGCGCGACGAGGGAAACAAUCGUCACACGAUGCUUCGGAUGGUAGCGAUCGCGGUCAUUGGCGCGAUCGACAUAAAGGAUUACAGCGCGAGAAAACGCAGGAAAAGGCCCGUUAUGAAGCAAACGCUUCCGCCGAAUCGGGACGUUUCCGACGAUUUCAGGAUCAGCGAGACACUGCACUGGAAGAAGAGGCCGAAGCCCCACCGCCAGGGCUGCGUGGCCGGGAUCUUGGCCUUUUCUACCGUGAUCGGCAAACGGCAAAGAAAAAGCGGCAGGAAAAGCGGAAUGCGGUCGACAUAACGAUUCCCGCGUUUCAAAUAAACCAAAUCCGGACUCAUCUGAACCUGCACGCUGGACCCGAUCAGGAGGGUAACAUUUUUCGGGAUUUUGCAGAAAACGAAAACAUUCGCUCCGUGUUCCGCAAUGAAUAUUUGCGCGUCAUCACUAAAACGCUCGAUGAAGUUUUGCAGGAAGAAAGCGAAAAGCUGCUCCUGAGCAACGAUUCGGAUUCACCCGGCUUGGACGAAGAACUCUAUGAAGAGUUUCUGCGUAGCGUACAUUCAACGUAUCGUUUGAGUGAAUUUCGACGGAAGUUACCAGCAUACACGUCACGCGAUCAGGUUCUGGAGAUGGUCGAGCGGCAUCAGGUUAUUCUGGUGAAAGGGGAAACCGGAAGUGGUAAAACCACGCAAAUCCCUCAGUACAUUCUCGAGCAAGCCUCGUCCUUGCGUAAAGGCAGUCGUUGCCGUAUUCUGUGCACUCAACCACGUCGUAUUUCAGCAAUAACCUUAGCCAGACGCGUCGCGGAAGAACGGAGCGAACGGUUAGGCCGCUCGGUAGGUUACCAAAUACGGCUCGAAGCGGAAAGACCACGGGCGAAUGGAGGAAGUAUUAUGUUUUGCACGACUGGCAUCGUUCUGUCGAUCAUGCAGUCUGAUCCUCUGCUGCGAGAAUAUUCUCACCUCGUGCUCGACGAAAUCCAUGAGCGCGAUGUAAUCACAGAUCUAUUGUUGGCCAUUAUUCGAAUGGUUCUUCCGUACCGUAAAGACUUGCGGGUGAUUUUGAUGAGCGCCACAUUGACGGCUGAAACGUUUUCGUCGUACUUUAACCGCUGUCCGAUGGUGGAAAUUCAAGGCAUCACAUAUCCUGUCCGCGAGUACUACCUAGAAGAUGUGCUGACGGAGCUAAAGUUUUACUCCUUCGAAGAUAAAACCAGUCGAAAUCCGCGGGACCGAAAAGGAAAUAGUGCAAACGCAGCACAGCAGGACGAAUUCUACGAUAUGAUCGAGGCUUAUACCAGUGAAAUCCGAAAUAAGUAUUCGGCUUCGGUUAUCCGAGCGUUGUGUAAUCGUGGAAGUGAAAACCACCAAAAUGAGCUGAUCGUGGAGCUGCUGUACUACAUCACUACUGCGCAGCCUGCCGGUGCGAUCUUGGUGUUUCUACCGAGUGUGAUGCAGAUAUCGGACAUCUACAGGAUGAUCCAAGAACACCCGCAGCUAUCCAGGGCACAGCUAGUCGUGUAUCCGCUUCAUUCGAAGAUACCAACCGCAGAACAAACGGCCGUAUUUGAUCGACCACCGGCCGACACCCGAAAGAUUAUCCUUUCAACAAACAUCGCCGAAACGUCGAUCACAAUUGACGAUGUUGUGUACGUCAUUAAUGCCGGGCGCCACAAGCUCAACAUGUACGAAAACGGGAUAUCGGCGUUGCGUGACGAGUGGAUCUCGUUGUCUAAUGAAAUUCAACGAAAGGGUCGCGCUGGUCGUGUCCAGGAAGGAACGUGCUACCAUCUUUACAGCCGCGCCCGAAGGCGCACAUUCUUGGAGAACGUACCUCCGGAGAUUUUGCGAGUAGCACUCGAUGAGGUCAUUCUGCAAGUGAAAAUCUUGCGCCUAGGUGAGGUGCGCGUCUUUAUGGACCGAUUGUUGGACAAACCAUCCGACACCGUGAUCGAAGAAUCAUUGAAGCUGCUGAACCGAUUGAACGCGAUUGAUGACGACCAGAAACUGACGCCUCUCGGGUAUCACCUGGCGCGACUACCAAUGGACCCUCGCACCGGGAAAAUGAUUCUACUGGCAAGCAUUUUCGGCUGCAUUGAUCCAAUCACCUCGAUCGCUGCGAGCCUUUCUUUUAAAAAUGCGUUCUACAAACCGCUGGGGAAGGAAAAGGAAGUCGAUCGUAUCCGACGCCGGUUUGCCGACGGUAUCGCUAGCGAUCACAUCAUGCUGGCGCGCGUGCUCGACGAAUGGCGCCGCCAGUCCAAUCGGGCUGGAUUCUGUCAUCGACAUUUUCUCAACAACGCCACACUUCAGCAGCUGAGCAACAUGAAGCGCCAGUUCUGUGAGUAUCUUCACGGAGCCCACUUCUUGCCGGCGGUAGAAUGCGAAGCGCCGGAAAACAACCAUCACACGGGAAGCAACGAGCUGUUGGCCGCGAUCGUCGGGGCAGGGCUGUAUCCGAACGUAGCCUUCGUGCGAAAGGUAAUUCGGUCACGCAACAGUCCGGAUGGGCGAGCGAUCCUGAAUAUCGAAGGACAAGGUCGUGCAGAAAUACACCCUGCAUCGGUCAACAGUAACCGGGGCAUUUUCCAUUCGAAUUUUGUCGUGUAUUACGAUAUGCAGAAGCUCUCCGCACUCACCAUCUUCGAUACGACCGUGGUGAACCCGUUUUCGCUGCUAUUCUUUGGCGACAAUCACGUGGAAACCGAAGACGACCACGAGCUGAUAUCGAUUGCGGGCCACUACUGCCUCAAGUGUGACAAAGAAACGUAUCGCUUGAUACAGGAUCUCCGCAAAGGAUUCAAUCUCUUUCUACAAAAGAAAAUUUGCGAACCAUCGCCAGUUGAUUGGGACGCGACGGAAGGUGACUUGUUACGAGCUAUCAUAAAGCUAAUAACCGUCGAGUGCAAGUACGACGAUCAUUUCGGGGAUGACGAUACACCAUUAGGAACGGAGAAGUCGCAUUAG